GGUGCUGGUCAAAUCUAUCAGUUCAUGCACAUACUGUGGACUCUGACACAGCUAUUUCUUAGCCAGAUCAGAGAGUCCUGCCACUUAAAGAAUGGACAGGAUUCGUUGUCUUGUGUUAUUAGCAGCGCUGGCGGUGUUCUCUGCAGCUGAGCCGCAGUACUUCCCCCAGUCCAACGUCUCCACUUGGGACCAGGCCAGACUACACUGCCAGAUGUGCUACAAAGAGUUGGUGAGCCUCAACCCCAACAACAUCCGAGAGCUAGUCCACAACCUAAAAAAUGACUCCUGGAUUGGCCUGCGCAAGAAUCUCAAUAACAUCUCUCUGCCCUGGUCACACUGGUCCAAUGGAGAUCCCCUUACCUUCCAGAACUGGUACCCUGGCCGGCCAAAACUCUCCAAGCCCAAGGACCCAGUGGUCAACAUCAUGAAUUACUAUUCCGUCACCAACUCCCCCAGUACCUGUGGGUGUUGCUGCAACCCCGCGGACACCCUUGCUGUUUCCUCACCCUAUAGUAGCUACAGCCCAUCCGCUUCCGAUAAUGACAUGGAUUACAACAUGACCGCGUCCUCGGUGACCGCAAGGCCGACUGCGACAACCAUGACGACGGGAGGAACUUCGAACACAGUGACCACGCCUAACAGGGACGUGACCACUGCGUUCUUCUCAGGAGUUACCAGCAGCACCAAUACAGAUGCGAUUGACACGUACAUUGAGGACCCAUGCAUUGUCCUGCUCAGCUGUGGUCUUUGGUACGACAAAGACUGCUCACAGCCUCUUCCCUUUAUCUGCUAUGAAGACCGUUUCUACGGCCACGCCAACAUGUCCAGUUUGACCCUACAUACUGGGACUUUGAACUGGACCCCUGGGCCUGGCAACAUCGUAGACUACAGGCUGGAGGUUAGGGCCGUCAACUACACCCUGAUCAAGAACCUCAGCAUACUGAACGGCACCAACCUGUCUUACUUCCUUUCCAACCUCACCGCCGGCACACAGUACCAAAUCCAAGUGUUCCCCAUUAAGUGUGACCGGGACCUCAACCCAGAGAAUGUCUCCUUCUACACCAAACCAGACUUGAUUGAAAACCUCAACAUCACUAUUAUCUCAGAAGCUAAGGUCACACUGUCCUGGUCCCCUCCUGAAGGAAACUGUGACUCCUACACUGUUAGAGUCAAUGGGUCAAAAGUGAAUUCAACGAACAGUGUGAACACUAAUGUCACGGGGCUGACAGCAGGAACGUUCUACAGGUUUGAGGUCAAUGCUGAAGUGAAGGACCUCUCCAUAAGUGGAGAACCACGGAACAUCUCCUGCUACACCAAGCCGAGCAUGGUGAACAACUUAAGUGUUACUGACUUUACUAGUGACCAAGUUAACUUUGAUUGGGAUCCGCCUUACGGAAACACUUCUGGUUAUCGAGUGUCUUUCAUUGGAAGCACAAAUGGGACGAACAGAACCACAGAUACAAAGUAUUCGGUGACAGGUCUGCAGGCGGGCUCCAUGGUAACCCUGACCGUUGUGGCGCUGGUGCCAGAUGCAUCGGUGGAAAGUGACCCUGUGUCAAAGACAGGGCGCACCAAGCCAGGGUCAGUUACUAACUUAACUAAGAGGGACGUUCAUUCCAGUAACAUUUCUGUGAGCUGGGAACCACCUCAGGGCAACUACGAAUGUUUCAGCGUGGGGCUCCAGUUAAUCUCUAACCCGCUUAUGAAUUGGACGAGCAAUACAACCAGCAAUAAUUCAACUUUCACCGAUCUGAAGGCGGGAGUUGAAUAUAGAGUGUCUGUCUACACUAAGAAUGGGGAUCUCUUUAGCGCGGAAGCCAACAUUUCAGUCUUCACUCGGCCCACCAUUCCUACAUCACUCAGGGUCACCCAUGUGGAUCACACUGCAAUCUCCCUGACGUGGAACCCCCCCCAAGCUUCCCAGGACGUAUUACUACAUUACCAAAUAAACGGCACCUCUCAUUUCAAUGACUGUAGUAUAAAUUCCUUUACGCAAGUGGUGAACACUAGCGACCUCAACCAUACAUUUGAAAAGUUGUAUUCUGGGACGAAAUAUAACUUCAGUGUAGCAGUGAUGGCAGGAACCGAGAUCGGCCCGUCCCUCAACAUAUCCCAGGCCACACUUACAAACAGGACUGUGCUGAUGGUGUCUAUGGAAUGUAGCUCCAGCCAACCUCUCCAGUGUGAGAAACCUGUCACAAUGCAGGCCGUCUUGAUGCAGCUGAACAAUCAUUUUGGAAAUUCCUUUAGUGAUAACGUUAACUGGACUGUGAUCUGGAAAUAGGAAUCACACAGACAGAAAGAUUUAAACACAUCUGCACACAUUGCUGUUUUGUUUUAUUGCUUUAAUAUUUUUAAAUUGUUUGUUUAAAGGUAUUUAAGUUCUAUCUGAUUUUGAUUUAAUAUUUA